AUGAGGUGUGCCAAUGCAGGUGUUCAGAGGAAGAUCAAAGAUGUGUACCCAAAUGCCCAUUAUAUCCACUGCUAUGCACACCAACUCAACCUGAUCAUGCAACAGGCCAUCUCUCAUAUUUCCAAGAUCUGCAACACCAUUCUGAGACACACCAGGGAGCGCUUCAACUUCACCGACCAUCUUGUCUGUGCCACCUUGUUGCAGGGGGACAGGUUUGAGGAACAUCACGGGUCAUUUCCCGAAGAGGUGCUGCAAAGCACUUUGAAGGCCUAUCCAAUGCUGAAUGGAAGCAAGCUCAAGACAGAGCUCAGUCUCAUCUACAGCAAAGCAGAGUUCAGAGCCUGUUGUGGUGCAGUAGACCUGUUCCAGCUGUUCAUGGAGAACAAUCUUCAAGAUGUUUUUUCAGAAACGGUCACUCUUUUAAAGAUCCUUAUUACCACACCUAUGACCACAGCUGAAGCAGAGAGAUCCAGACUUCAGGACAGAGCGACUUCAGGACAGAGCGACUCUGGGACAGAGCGACUCUGGGACAGAGCGACUCUGGGACAGAGCGACUCUGGGACAGAGCGACUCUGGGACAGAGCGACUCUGGGACAGAGCGACUCUGGGACAGAGCGACUCCAGGACAGAACGACUCCAGGUCAGAGCGACUUCAGCACAGAGCGACUUCAGGACAGAGCGACUCCAGGACAGAGCGACUCCAGGGCAGAGCGACUUCGGGACAGAUCGACUUUGGGACAGAGCGACUCCAGGACAGAGCGACUCCAGGACAGAGCGACUCCAGGACAGAGUGACUCCGGGACAGAGCGACUCUGGGACAGAGCGACUCUGGGACAGAGCGACUCUGGGACAGAGCGACUCUGGGACAGAGUGACUCUGGGACAGAGCGACUUCAGGACAGAACGACUCCAGGUCAGAGCGACUUCAGGACAGAUCGACUUUGGGACAGAGCGACUCCAGGACAGAGCGACUCCAGGACAGAGCGACUCCAGGGCAGAGCGACUUCGGGACAGAGCGACUUCAGGACAGAUCGACUUUGGGACAGAGCGACUCCAGGGCAGAACGACUCCAGGACAGAGCGACUCCAGGACAGAGCGACUCCAGGACAGAGCGACUCCAGGACAGAGCGACUUCGGGACAGAGCGACUUCAGGACAGAUCGACUUUGGGACAGAACGACUCCAGGACAGACCGACUCCAGGUCAGAGCGACUUCAGCACAGAGCGACUUCAGGACAGACCGACUCCAGGUCAGAGCGACUUCAGCACAGAGCGACUUCAGGACAGAGCGACUCCAGGACAGAGCGACUCCAGGACAGAGCGACUCCAGGACAGAGCGACUCCAGGACAGAGCGACUUCGGGACAGAGCGACAUCAGGACAGAUCGACUUCGGGACAGAGCGACUCCAGGACAGAACGACUUCAGGACAGAGCGACUCCAGGACAGAGCGACUUCAGGACAGAGCGACUCCAGGACAGAGCGACUCCAGGACAGAGCGACUCCAGGACAGAGCGACUCCAGGACAGAGCGACUUCAGGACAGAGCGACUCCAGGGUAG